UCUGCUCUGUUGUGCAUUGUCAGAAGACUGCAAGGUGGUGUCAAUGACUGUGGCUUACAGACAGUGGGAUUUUGCCUGCGUUACUCAGCGGCUGCUGUUGCUGAUUUUUUAAAAUCUUCCUCUUGCAGAAGGGGCAGAGUCCAUACACUGGGAAGAGCUGCCGUUAGGAAAAGUAAAGCAGGCAGGGAAGGAAAGAGUGAAAGGACGAGAGUUAAAACGAGGAAGAGACGACACCAAGUGUUUUGAUUACGUCAGCUCUGGUGGGAAAACAGAGAGAGUUCUCUGGAACAAGACUCCCUCCUGGACAAUUUUGUUGUUGUGAUCUUUGCCCGCUACUUCUGGAAAUAGAGCUCAAGUGUGUAUAUGUGUUUGUAAAAUUUCUCCGUUUAUCUUUGCUGCUUCCACAACCAACACGAUUCACUGAUCAUGGUGAAAGAAAAAGUGGCCCACCCUCAGGAGCCUCCUCACUCGACUGAGAAGCCAGUCAUCCACUGCCAUAAAUGUGGUGAGCCAUGUAAAGGUGAAGUGCUUCGUGUCCAGGCUAGGCAUUUUCACAUCAAAUGCUUUACCUGCAAAGUGUGUGGGUGCGACUUGGCUCAAGGUGGCUUUUUUAUUAAGAAUGGGGAGUACCUCUGUACUGUGGAUUACCAGCGGAUGUAUGGGACCCGAUGCAACGGUUGUGGGGAGUUUGUGGAAGGAGAAGUCGUGACUGCUUUGGGGAAAACUUACCAUCCCAACUGCUUUGCCUGCACUGUGUGCAAACGUCCUUUCCCACCAGGAGACCGGGUUACAUUUAAUGGAAGAGACUGUCUCUGUCAAAUGUGUGCUCAGCCAAUGUCGUCCAGUCCAAAAGAACUCUCCAGUUCCAGCAAUUGUGCAGGCUGCGGGAGAGAUAUAAAAAAUGGACAAGCAUUACUAGCCUUGGAUAAGCAGUGGCAUCUGGGAUGCUUCAAAUGUAAAGCCUGUGCAAAGGUCCUGACUGGAGAAUACAUCAGCAAAGAUGGUGCCCCUUACUGUGAAAAGGACUAUCAGGUUCUCUUUGGUGUCAAAUGUGAAGCAUGUCACCAGUUCAUAACUGGGAAAGUUCUAGAGGCAGGUGACAAGCAUUACCAUCCAAGCUGUGCACGAUGCAGCAGAUGCAACCAGAUGUUCACAGAAGGAGAAGAAAUGUACCUGCAAGGUUCCACAGUUUGGCACCCCGACUGUAAGCAGUCCACAAAGGGAGAAGAAAAGCUACGGCAUUCUUCAUCCGAUUACUUUUAUCCAAAGAGUUUGGUUCUUCGCAGGCCACGCUCUUCAGAGCUGUUUUCACCACCUUGUAUAAUGAACUCCAUCAAAAAACUAAGGCAGCCCACAAGAACAUCCUCAGAAAGUAUUUAUUCCAGGCCUGGAUCCAGUAUACCUGGCUCACCAGGGCAUUCAAUCUAUGCAAAAGUAGACAAUGAGAUCCUUGAUUAUAAGGAUUUAGCAGCCAUUCCCAAAGUCAAGGCCAUUUAUGACAUUGAGCGUCCAGACCUAAUUACUUAUGAGCCCUUCUACACUUCCGCCUAUGAGGAGAGACAGGAGAGGCAGAGUCUUGGAGAGACUCAGAGUUCCAGAUAUGGCAGUUCUCCUGUGCACGAUGAAAGUUCUCCAAGGACACUCUCUCCAACGCCAUCUGCAGAAGGGUAUCAAGAUAUUCGAGAUCGGAUGAUCCACCGGUCAACCAGUCAAGGUUCCAUUGGCUCUCCUGUGUACAGUCGUCACAGCUACACACCCACGAUGUCGCGUUCACCUCAGCAUUUUCACAGACCUGAUGCAGCUUCAUUCUACAUAGGCAAUGAGCCGUCCAGCGGUCGGAACUCCCCUGCCCCUUAUCGGCCAGACAGCCGCCCUCUAACACCAACUUACGCUCAGGCCCCUAAACAUUUCCAUGUUCCAGAUCAAGGCAUCAAUAUUUAUAGAAAACCACCUAUCUACAAACAGCAUGAUGCAGCUGCUCUGGCAGCCCAGAACAAGUCCUCCGAUGAUAUCAUCAAGUCCUCCAAGUUCCCAGCAGCCCACGCUCCAGCACCCAACGAGAUUCCAAAGAUUGAGACAGAAUACUGGCCAGGUCCUCCCUCACUUGCGGCUGUAGGUUCUGACAUGAGGCGCAGAUCCACUGGCAGAGAUGAAGAACUUGAGGAGCUUCAGAGGCGUCGGCAACUACAGGAGGAACAACUGAUGAAGCUCAAUUCAGGUCUGGGUCAACUGAUAUUAAAAGAAGAAAUGGAAAAAGAAAGAUCAUCGCUUUCCACCAGUCGUUAUGACUCUCCAGUUAAUUCAUCUUCACAUGCUGUUGCCUCUAAAACCUCUUCCCUCCCUGGAUAUGGAAGAAAUGGACUUCACAGGCCAGUUUCUACAGACUUUGGUCAGUAUAACAGUUAUGGAGAUGUGAGCAGUGCUGCUCGAGAUUUCCAGGUACAGUACAGAUUUUCUUCCAUCAAGUAACAGAGAUUUUAAACAACACCAACAACAACCUGUCCACAAUGUUACUCAAGUCUGAAUUUCUGCUACAGGAAAGAAUUUAACACAUUUGUUUGAAUAUCUGCAUGUUUUAUACCUAAUCAAUGAUGUGAACUAUAUUGUAUCAUUAUACAAAAGACACAACUUAGACUACACCUUAAGAGGACAGUUUUGGGACUUCCUUGGUGAAUUUUCCUAAUGUUAACUCUGAAGUAGCUUCUGGCAGUUUUCUCUUAGCAUUUGAAUGUGGGGGUUUUCUUGAAUUUUCUGGCUCCAAUCAUAAGGAGGGUCCAGACCUAUCCCUCCUCAGUAUGAAACCAUACCCACCCUCCUAUUUUCCACAUUUGAUCCUCUGCCCUUCUUCCUUUUGUCUGUGAGUGUGGGCAUGGAAGAAAAAGCAACCUUGUGUAACAUGGGCAAGUGACUCUGUGUGCCACCAGCACUUGUGAUGCUCUAUAGAUUGACCAAUUAAAUAUUGUUUUUAUAAAUGUCAACCCUAACUAUGAAUACUUGAGCUCACAAAAGUCCACCACUGCUUGAUACGGAAGUUUCCAUACAUAAAACAGUAAUGACAGUGGUAGCAAAUUCUAUAUUGUACAUCCAGCCAUUUGACUAGGAAAGAAUUUGCAGGUCCCAAUUUCAAUGGGAAUAGGUAGAGACCUACCAUUUUACUUGUUUACUGAGCAAAGUGGAAUAAAAAUUGAAAGGGAAAACUGUCUAAAUACCUAAAUAUAGCUAAAUAACUAAAAUAUAGCUUAAAUAACUAAGUGAAGAAUAUGCAGACCGCCAGCUCUGUGGGUCAAUAUUUCUCACAUUAAUUGGCACAAAAAUAAACUAGGGAUCUGCAUGGAACUGGCUGGCCUGGUUCGGUUUGAGUAUGACACCCCCUCGACCCCCCCCCAGUUCAAUUCGUUGGGGGGGGCGGUUCUGAGCUUUUUAAAACUUACCUCCUCCGGGGGAGUUAUCUGAGGUGGUGGUGGUGGGGUGUCCAUGAGGGGGUGUCUGUCUCCCCCUGCCAGACUCCAUUCUUCAGCUUGAGCCCAUUACGCAGGCACGGCAGCCUCCAAAAUGGCCACUACACCAGGGAGAAAGGCCCAUUAAUGGGCCAAAGAAUUUGCAACUAAGGGAGGCUGGCGGGGGGGAGAAGGAACCUCUGCAGACACACACACACACACACACACACACACACACACACACACGGCCACCUCAGAUAACUACCCCGGAGGGGGUAAGUUUGAAAAAAAAGUUUUUGUAUUUUUUUAAAAAAACAACAACAACGCGAACCCCCUGACCUGGCUGGGGUGGGGGUGGGGUGUGUGUCAGACCAAACGGGUUAGUUCAGUUCAAGCCCAAACAGUUGAACUGAACCAGUUCGAUGUCGAAUCUCUUCUUUGGAACACACUUCCUCCCCAGAUCCCUUCAGCCCCCUCCCUGGUUGCUUUUAAAACCCUUCUGAAGACGCACCUGUUUUGCCAGGCAUUUGCCCUUUAACAAUUUUUCUUUCUUUCUUUCUUUUUAAUUGAUUGUUGUUGGUAUUUCUGUUGUUCACCGCCUAGAGUCUUUGGAGGAGGCAGAAUAUAAGAAGUUUGAAUAAAUAAAUAAAUAAAUAAAUAAAUAAAUAAAUAAAUAAAAGCAGUUUGCACAUCCCUAAACUAAACUUGAUAUUAAUCGGGUCAUUGGCUAGUGUGUAUUUUUCAGGUUGUAAAUAACAGCUAGAAGGGAGCUGAUUGGGAUAUAACAUUGGGGCAUUUAAUCUUUUACCCUUUGCUAUGGGCUCAGUGAAAAUGCCCACCACCACCAUGGUUACUAUUACCUUGAGAGGAAAGCUGCUGUUUGUGCUGAUGGCAGGGAAAGCAUUUUAAUUGGGACAUAGUAAAGGGGUAAAGGUUUUUUUAAAAACCCUUCUCAACACAGACUCAACCCCAAUUCUCCCCACCCCCACCUGCAGCUGCUAUUUACACCUUAAAAAUGAACAUGCAAAGGCCAGUCACACAAUGGACAUCACGUGUAGCUCGGCCCAUAUACUGGCCUUUGAAUACCAGGGGUUAGGGACAAUUGGGGGCAGCUCUUGCCCUGAUUGUAAGCUUCUCAAAGGAAUCUGGCUGGCCAUUCUGCUGGAAAUAGAAUGCUGGGUUAGAUGCACUGUUGGUAUGAUCCAGCAGAUUUCUUGUUUUACUCUUCACUAAAAGGUUCUUACUAUUGAAUCCUUACAAGGAAUGCCUUUAUGGACCUCAUAGAAAGCAUCUUAAUUCAAAGACAACUGGGGAUCUUUAAUAAGGAAUCACAAAUCAGAGGGGAGGUAUAUCAUUAAGUUGUUAAGUGGUAAACAAUAGUAGUAUUCCAUUAGCUGAUGGGAAGGUCUAAUGUUGGGGCCUAAGUGUAAAUUCAUGUCCAUAUUCCCAGUGACUACCUUUACCCCAUCUAUGUCUGUGUUUGCAUGUAACCUGUGUGUCUGAUGUCUACCUGUAUCCGAUACAGUCCCUCCCAGAUGGUCAUGUCCCUGGAAUGCGAAUGGACAGAGGAGUAUCUAUGCCUAACAUGUUGGAACCAAAGGCAAGUGCAGACAUUAUUCACUUUCCUUCAAUAUAAUGAUGGUUUGCAUAGGAAAUGAUGAUGGUAUGUCACUCAAAAUGUGUUUGUCACCCUGCUUUCAACUUAAAUGUUGCUCCUUCUUGUGCCAACCCUCUCUUGCUCUGUACCCUACAUGUGGUGGAUAUACCACAUGUAGAUGAAUCAUCAUUUUACCCAUUUAAAAAAAAUAUCCUGUGGUUAAGCCUGGCAGUCAAUAUUUUUGGCUGGCAUCCUGACUAAAUUUACUAAAGGACAUCCUGUUGAAAUUUUAUUGUCCUUUAGAGCAACUCCUGAGUAGUACUAUUGAGUAAUUUGAUCAAGAUGUCAGCCAGUGGCAUCUUCUCUCUUCCAUAAAGUCUAGUAAUCUAAAAUGGCAUGGCAUGAUGUGACUUCACUCCAAAAUUCAGCUCCCCAAUAAUGACACUUCAUUGGCGGCUGCUUGUGAUAGCCAGAAAUCUCCAAGGACAAUAAUGAUAUGCCAUGCAUUUUGGAUGCUAGAUGGUAUUGGGGAGGAGGCAAGAGGAGGAUGGUGUGGUGAUGGGCAACUGCUAGAGUUCCUCUUAGAUGCACUAUAAGUACUCUUCACUAUUGUCGCUAAGAAUCCAUGGCAGAAUAUAUUGUGGCAAAACCUAGCCUUUUCCAGAGGCAAUGCUUGUCUGAAUUUUGUAAAUAGUGUACUGUUGAUAUUUUUAAAAGGGAAAUUGCUCAGGUAUGACUUAGUCUUGCUAUGAUAAAUGAGCUCUAUUUAUGUAAAACUCUGUGCCCAAAUUUAUUUGCUAUAAAAAUUGAUCUUUAAAAAUAUGGAGGGGGAUGGAGACCCUGAAAACUCUGCCCAAAUUUGGAUUCAAAUUAAAAUAUUUUAAAAGCACUCAUGUGAAUUUGUAAAAACAAAAUUUUGUUGAUUUUGACUCCUUUUGCUAUAAGACAUUGUAAAACACAAAAACAAUGUAAUUAAAGUUAUAUAUUAGACUGAAAUGUACAACUGUGAGAUUGUCAGACUCUGCUACUAACCACAAACUGUAUAUAAGUAUGCAUUAUUUAAGUAUAACUAUUAAUUACAAUAAACAAAAUGAUGUA